UUGCAAGCCAGGGGUAUAUGAACCCCAAGCCCUCAGUCUCCUUCUUCCCCAUUCUACCCCCCUUUCCUGCUUUUAAUUUCACUCCCCACCGGCGGCUCGCCCUCGCAGGUUCACCCCCAACGCUGCACGCACGCGCGACACAUGGACCCAGAAAACGAUCAAUACGCAGCACAACCGAGUCUCUCUCGCGAUCGACUAUGUUUUCCCUCUUAACAAUUCCACCAUCAGUUCUCCCUCUAUCACUUUAUUCACCACCCUCUCCACGCCCGUUCAAAACCCACCCUGUGCAAAACAAUGCAACCUUCAUCAAGAGUGAGGAUUAAUUAUUCAACUGGGCGAAAAUAUUUUUCUGUCGUGUAAUUAGCGUUCAAGGUUGACGACUUGUACACGCCCAACGGAAAUAACGAAUUCCUGUGCUGUUGUUCAAACAACUAAUUACCAUACGCGCCGAAUAAAUUCUUCACUUGAAUUAUUUUUACAUGGAUAAGCGGUUAUGAAGAGUGUAUUCGAUUAUCGAUCGUUGGCGCGUGCUCGGUCAUUCAUUUUGUCAUACGCCUCUGUUGGCUUGCCAAGCUUACCAACUACAUCCCCGGCGUCAACGACCACCCACUAUCUCGUACUUCACAUACACCCUUUGCCAAAGGCACAAGAGCCACUGAGAGCGCAUGAUUUGUACUGAUAUAUAUAUAGCAACCAAAGGGUGCUCCCCGUAAACAUAAUUUAUAGUUUUUAACUCUUUAAUAAACGAUUUCUUCGCAUGUAAAGUUAUCUUCAGCUCACAGCCUCUGUACGUUAAUUUGUAUUGAACUUCUCUCUUCGUGUAGAAGGGAGGUAAUGACUAUUCAUGAUAUACUUUUAUAGAACGCUAGGGUAAUGUUCAUGAAAAAUUUCUCUGUGUGUACAGACGCGCUAUUUUUGCUUUGUCGAUUGAUAGCGUUGACGGAGUUGAAGGGCCUACUGUGAAGAGAAUAGUUCAACUUCGUAUUGAAUAAUAUUGAAGUGAACAACAAGAGCAUUUUGACAAAAUCCCAUUUCCAUAACAUUGCUGUUAAAAUGACAAUAAAGUGGGCGCAGAGAUUCAAAAAGUUUGAAGCUAGUCAGAAAAAUUCAACCGAGAAGCUCUAAAAUCCCUCUUUUAUACUGACAAGACAAGAAAAAUCAAGUUCCUUGAUAUUCUAAUUUCGUAUCCCAUUCUUCCCCUCGCCACCAUAAAAAUUCCCUAUUAUCAUAGAAGAGGCUAUUCUUUCUCCUCCAUCCCUCGCAAAAGAAGAAGAGAUCAAAAGGCUCUCAGUCUUUCAGCCUGAAUCUACCCUGACCUUUUAUCUCCACUAUUUUCCAUCCCCCGAUCUCUUGUCGGUCUUUUGCAAAUUACUAAUAAUCUGUCAAGAAAAUUGGAUUUUCUUCCCUCAGUACAGGACAAAAGAUGGAUUUUUCUCGUUUAUUUCGAAGAGAUAAUCUCCCCGUGAACAGAAACCCCUGCAUUUAAAAAUAUUCCCACCAAAAUAUUAUUAAAAUGGCAUAAAUAAUCGCGAGUACCCAUUAAAUCCCUCUUUUACUCUCUACCGAUUGGAAAAUUCAAUUUCUCUUUAUCACAAAUCCUUAUCACUACAGAAACCGCUAUUCUUUCUCCCCUGUCUCAUGCAAAGGAAGAAACGAUAUCAAAAGACUCUCAGUCUCUCACCCCGAAUCAGCCACGAACCCUUUUUUUUCACUUUUUGCAACUCCUCCGGCCUCCCUUGUGUCCUCCCCGAAUGUUUGUUUCUCCUAUUCGUAUAAUUUGCGGUGGGACCGGCCCGGUUCUACUACAAACCUACAUAUAUUGAUUCAACAAACCCCGGGAAACGGACACCAAGUUGAGGGUGAGGUGAAAGAGUACAACCAAAGUGUCGCCAAGUUGAACGUACUGCGAGUAACGUUGGUUCAUCUGGUUUAUUCGAUAUGUCGGACGCUGAUUCUGACAGUGAUGAUAGCGACGCAGAAGGAGGUCUUGGUAACGUAAGUAGAUUGAUAAUCCGCCCUCCGGGACACAGUGGUAAAGCUAAGAAGGGUCACCUGUGCUUUGACGCGGCUUUUGAAACUGGGAACCUCGGUCGUGUGGAUUUAGUAUCCGAAUAUGAGUACGAUCUCUUCAUCCGGCCGGACACCUGCAGUCCUCGUCUCCGUCUGUGGUUUAAUUUUACAGUGGACAACGUUAGAGCUGAUCAAAGAGUCAUCUUCAACAUUGUCAACGUAUCUAAAAGCAAAAAUUUAUUCCGAGAGGGCAUGACACCACUUGUCAAGAGCACUAGUAAACCCAAGUGGCAAAGAAUACCCCGAAAGCACGUGUUCUACUACCGAUCAGCGCAGCAUCAGAACCAUCACGUUCUCACAUUUGCCUUUAACUUCGAUCGGGAAGACGAUGUUUAUCAAUUCGCCCUGACUUAUCCCUACUCCUACACGCGUUAUCAGGGGCAUUUGGAUAAUUUAUGCGCCAAGUGCUCGUCAGUAAAGCGCGAAACACUGGCAUCAUCAGUUCAGAAGAGGAAAGUGGAACUGGUGACAAUCGGAUCUAAUAUCGAAGAACGCCCCCGAAGAGUUGUUGCUGUUCUCAGCAGAGUCCAUCCCGGGGAAUCACCCUCGUCAUUCGUCUGCCAAGGACUCAUGGACUUUCUCGUCAGUGGACAUCCGAUAGCUCAGGUCCUCAGGGAUUAUGUUGUUUUCAAAAUUAUCCCCAUGCUCAAUCCGGACGGUGUUUUCCUGGGGAACUACAGAUCCACUUUGAUGGGAGUCGACUUGAAUCGUGCAUGGAAUAGGAUCUCUGAUUGGAUUCAUCCGACGUUAUCUGCUGCUAAAACCCUCCUCGAGACGUUGGAUAAAAAUACGAAUAUUCCGUUGGACUGUGUCUUGGAUCUUCAUGCUCACACCAAUGCUACGGGAUUAUUUGUUUAUGGAAAUACUUAUGAUGAUGUCUACAGGUACGAAAGACACAUAGUACUUCCGAAACUAUUGGCACAACACGCUGAAGACUACGAUUCAGGGAACACGAUGUACAAUCAGGAUCCUCAUAAAAUGGGCACUGCCAGACGUUAUUUAUGUUCAAUAUUGAGUGAACACGUCAAUUGUUACACUAUUCAGGUGUCGAUGUACGGAUAUUGUCGGACAGGAACUCCUGAGCUCCUACCAUACACCGAGGAGAGCUAUUAUCGAGUGGGGCGUAACCUAGCCCGAGUUCUCAUGGAAUACUACAAACUUACGGGAUUAAUACCUUCGGGAUUACCAGAUCAACCGUCAAACAAACGCGGGCGUCAGUCAAGGCAGAGGCAUCGCCAACCCCGGGAUCCACGACCCCGGACGGCCAGGACGCCUGCGCCCCUGCACCUCGCCAGCAUUCACGAAUAUUUCACGGAGGAUGUCCUGGAAUUGCCGAACGUUUCCCGUCACCGUUCAAUAAGUGGUACUCGAACAAACGUAGGUCCAGGAACAGCCAGUGUCUUCGGCACCGGAAGUGAAAAAUACCCAAGCUAUAGGUAUCGAAGUCCCGGUGCCCCAACGAAACCGGCAACAAUGAUAACAACAGAUCAAGAACCUCGUCUAGCUAUUAUUGAUUUUAAUCAGCUGACACGUGGUGGUCUCGACCUGGCCACAGGAAAAAAUAGGGCGAAACUUCCUCGCCGGUCACCAGAUCGCUACACCAUCAAAUUCCGGAUAUAAUUCAAUCGUCUUUUCAAUAACUUCCACCGUUCAAUCAAUACUCUAAUACUCAAAGAAAAUGAAAUUAAUUAAUCUCGAAAACCUAAACAUUUUCCCCUCCAUAUCGUCACGAGAACUAUUUCAUUGUUAUUGUAUUGCCCAGCCACGCCUUGAAGCCCAAUGUUACCCCCAAGGUCCAACUCGGCCCGGACCCCACCCCUUUAACCUAUUGUGCACCAGUUAUGCAUAUUCCUGUUUUCACUUGAAAUAUAUUUAUACCUAACAAUUAAUCAAAAAAGUUGAAUAAAUUAUUGAAUUAUUUUACAAAUGAAUUUAA